GGCUCCUCAUUAGGAGUCAGUUAACACACAUGAGAGAAACAAUAACACUUGACGGCCAAAAUCCUUCACGUGGAAGGACGGCCAGUUGGGUCGGCCGCGCGCUUUCUUUUUCUUUUUUUCCCUUCUUUUUCCUUUGUUUCCCCCCCCCCCCUUUUGUUUUGGGGGAUGCGCAUUUAAGGAGGCGCACCACUUUUAAUCCCAUUUAGGAGCCUCCAGCGCGCACGAUCACCUCCGUCGCGGCGCAGGAGUGGCCAAAGCCAAAAGCAGCGAUUCAGAUCAGAUUGCAGCUCGAGAACGAGAAAGAGAAAGAAAGAGAAAGAGAGAGCGAGGGAGCGAGCGUGUGUGCGCGCGCGCGCGCGCGUCUACGUGCGAGAGCGUGUUUGUGUGUGCGUGUGUGUUUGUGUUGAGCCAGUCGGUCUCCCUCCUCCCAAAUCUCGAAAAGCUCACCGAGGAGGCGCGGCGAGAGGAAUCCAGAGGAAUUUUGCGCGGAUAUUUCCUUCCUUUUUUCACCAGCCGUCGCUCUCCCGUCCUAUCCCUCCUCCUCCUCCUCCUCCUCCUCCUCCUCCUCACUGUCCCCUUUAUAUAUAUAUAAAUAUAUAUAUACAUAUAUAUAUAUAUAUAUACAUAUAUAUCCCCAAAGAAAUCAAGCGAGCGAAAAGUUGGAGGCGAGGCAGCAAGGACCGUGGCCGAGGAUGGACGAGCAGCCGCGCUUGAUGCACUCUCACGGGGUAGGCAUGGCCGGACACCCCGGCCUGGCGCAGCAUUUGCCGGAUGGCACCGCGGGGACGGACGGCGACGGCAGGAAGCAGGACAUCGGAGACAUUUUGCAGCAAAUCAUGACCAUCACCGACCAGAGCCUGGACGAAGCGCAGGCGAGGAAACAUGCGUUGAACUGUCACAGAAUGAAACCUGCCCUCUUCAACGUCUUGUGUGAAAUCAAGGAGAAAACAGUGCUCAGUAUUCGUGGCGCCCAGGAGGAGGAGCCUCCCGAUCCUCAGCUGAUGCGCCUGGACAACAUGCUGCUGGCCGAGGGCGUCGCCGGGCCCGAGAAAGGCGGCGGGUCGGCGGCCGCGGCGGCGGCGGCGGCGGCCACCGGGGGCAUCGGCGCCGACAACUCGGCGGAGCACUCCGACUACCGGGCCAAGCUGACGCAGAUCCGACAGAUUUACCACACGGAGCUGGAGAAGUAUGAACAGGCGUGCAACGAGUUCACCACCCACGUGAUGAACCUGCUGCGGGAGCAGUCUCGAACGCGGCCCAUCUCGCCCAAAGAGAUCGAGCGCAUGGUCAGCAUCAUCCACCGCAAGUUCAGCUCCAUCCAGAUGCAGCUCAAGCAGAGCACCUGCGAGGCCGUCAUGAUCCUGCGCUCGCGCUUCCUCGACGCCAGGCGAAAGAGGAGGAACUUCAACAAACAGGCGACAGAGAUCCUAAACGAGUACUUCUACUCCCAUCUGAGCAACCCUUACCCGAGUGAAGAGGCCAAAGAAGAGCUGGCCAAGAAAUGCAGCAUCACGGUUUCCCAGGUCUCCAACUGGUUUGGAAACAAGAGAAUCCGCUACAAGAAAAACAUCGGCAAGUUCCAGGAGGAGGCCAACAUGUACGCGGCGAGGACCGCGGUCAAUGCCACCAGCGUGUCGGCGCACGGCAGCCAGGCCAACUCGCCUUCCACUCCCAAUUCAGCAGGUUCUGCUGGCUCCUUUAACAUGUCAAACUCCGGAGACUUGUUCAUGAGUGUGCAGUCCCUCAAUGGGGACUCUUACCAAGGGGGGCAGGUUGGGGCCAACAUACAAUCCCAGGUGGAUACCCUUCGCCAUGUUAUCAGCCAGACCGGCGGAUACAGUGACAGCCUCGCCGCCAGCCAGAUGUACAGUCCACAGGGCAUCAACACAAACGGCGGCUGGCAAGAUGCUCCGACCCCUUCAUCAGUGACAUCACCCACGGAAGGACCUGGAAGCGUUCAUUCGGACACCUCCAACUGAAUCUUCCCGCCGCGCCGCCGUCACCUGUAUAAAAAGCAGAACUGACCUUCCCAGUAUUCAAAACAAAGGAGUUCACGAUGCCGCUGCGCGCAGAGGUUCCGUGGAAAAGCCGAAACCCGAAAAACCAAUCGUAUUUCCUCUGCUUGGACAUUUGGGAUACAAACACUGAAAUUCUAAAGAAAUCAGCGGAGAGCUUUGUACAGCGUUCACGCGCACGUUCGAUUCUGUUCUAUUCUCUUGAGAGGGCUGGGCUGACUUACGAUUCAACCGUUUCAACCGCUAAAGUAAAUAAAGGUUGAUUUUAGUCGUCGUUCUACCUCUCAGCCACUCAAAGAAGAAAGUAGAAAAACGUCAGUGACCGGGAUUUGUUUUGUAAAAAGUUGUCUUUGCGAGCAAGACGCACAUCUUCUUACUUAUUCUACAUUUCGUUGUCUCUCACUUAUUCUAUGGUACGCCAUUUUAGACUAAUAUUGCUCCGUUGUUUACAAUGUGUGCUUGAUCCGAGUAUGUCCACCCCCCACCCCACCUGUGUCUCCGGCGUCUUUGAACCCAGUUUGUGUCGGGACAUGUCCACCUCUAAGGUAACCCUGUGAAGUAUGUUAUCCGUAAAACAAUAAAGAAAUACUUGUCAUCACGUC